GGCGAUUUUCGAAACCCAGGCUUCCUUUUCCUAAACAAACCCUGCGGCUUUGUCUUCUUCCGCGGGACAUACUUUUUGAAAUCCUGGUUCGGCUUGGCGCCAAAUCUCGGGGGAAGCUCUGCUGCGUUUCGAAGUCCUUCCGUUCCAUAAUCACAGCUCCCAGUUUCGUCGAGUUUCACCGGAAUUGGUCCACGGCGGCCUCCCACGGCACAACCAUUCUCUUCUCUGUUCGAGCUCAGUCUGUUGACUCCCUGACCCUGCCGGGCUCUUUCCAGCUCGAAGAAUUUUACACCAUAAAUUACAAAUCUCUUGGACAAAAUCAGCCCGGAAUGGGAAAGCUCCUUGAAGCAAAACGUGUUUCCUGGUCCAGACAUCUCCAACACUGGUGUUCUGCACCAGAUCUGAUAUGCCUCUACAAUCGAGACGGAGCGGUGGAGAUUCCCAACCUGUGCACAGGACAACAUACGACCCUCCCGGUAACUCCGACUUGGUCGGAUUUUGAGACCGAGGCUUGUGCGCACGUGGGAUUGGAUGGCUCUUCGGCAUACAAGGUUUUGAAGUCAGAAUCUUGCUUCGGCCUCGACAAGGUCAAGCAUUGGGUGCUCACACUGGGCGUGGAUGCAACAUGGAGGGAGAUCAAAGCCCCUGAUUGCCAUUUCAGGACUAGUGUUUGCAUAAAUGGGGUAACCUAUUUUGAGGAUGUGAUAUUUCGAAAUCGAAGUAGGUGGAAGGAACUAUUCGGUGGCUUCCCCAUUGUGGCAUUCGAUGUUUGGUCUGAGACUUUCCACGGGGUGGCUCGCCCUCUAGGUGAAACCGAAUUUGAUCUCGUCAAGUCCUCGUUCCUCGAAUUGGAUGGCGCGCUUGCUAUCAUUUGUCUCCGUCACAAGAGGCUUAUUACUUGGAGCUUGGACUCGGCAUCCUGCUGGAAGAAGAACGUUUUCCCCGCUCCCUUGGACUCGGCAUCUUUAUUUUACUGCACUAUUAAGACAACUCCAACCGGGGAAAUCCUACUCGUAAUGCCCAACGAGAGGGGGACAUGCUCUCUUUGGGUAUUGUUUGAUAAGUUCACUUGCCCGGUUUGGAAAAAAUUUGGAAUCGAAGGGCUUGGUGAAUUUCCUAACUAUAAUUGUGAGAUGAUCAAAGCUAUCAAACCUAUCAUGGUGCAAAAUGUUGCAGAAAAUCUCUUCCAUCUGGAAUAGGCCAGUUAUGUAAAAGAAAGAAUGAAAAAAGAAAGAAAGAAAAGAACAUAGUCUUGUUAGCUAGUUUUCCAAUUUUUAUUUCAAUUUAUUAUCAUGAUUUGAUAUUUCGAUAUAUGUUUCCACAUAUAGAUCAUUCAAAAACGAGGGUCCUGUCUGGCCCCUGGGGGAUGAGGCUAGUGAUAUCACCGCCACCCCCAUUGACCACAGAGUUUCUAGCUAUUCCCUUCUCUGUUAUAAUCUCAUGUUGAAUGCCAUGUCUCCCAUGUGUAAUGAUGGAAAGGCAUGCAAACACUGUAUUUGAAUCUCUUAUAUUUAUUUGAAAUCUUACAAAA